GCUGAGCACCUUGAGUGUGGGAACACUGCUUAUCCCACGUCCUGUGAGCACCUGAGAAGUUGUACAAGGAGAUGCUAAGCACACGGCUCUCUGGAAAUGUCAGCCUUAGUGUACUUGGGUGGGAGGCGAAAAUGCUGUGGAGAAACAGUCCUUUUGCUUAAAAUAGAAAUUUUGAAGGAAGCCAAAUUAAUACGCGACAAGUUAUUGACUCUCCAGUUCUUCCUGAGCGAAAAGAAAAAAAAAGAAAAAAAAAAAGUGAAAGAAAAAGGAGAAUUGCUGUUCCUGAAGAUCACGUUUCCUUUUCGGUGAAAUUCUCCAGCCAAGCUUGGCACUCACCGAGAGUAGGCGAUUUCACUUCAUCACUUCACAAAAGACUUUCAAAUUCACUACUGCGGCAGACACGGCAAAGUAAAAAAUGUUAACUACAUCCUGGCGGGGCGGGGACUGAAGCCUCCACGCUCAAUCAAAGGUUUGCAAUAAUAGGAUUCAUUAAAAAAAAAAAAAAAAAAAAAAAAAAAAAGACAGAUGGGAUUCGGAAAUGUUGCCGUGAAGACUGGGACGAGAUGAGCUCACAGCACCAGCCUGCCUUUUGUGGACCUGCACACAAUGAUCCCCCAGCCAGACUGGGUUAGGAGACCUCGCGACUAGGGGUUGACAGAGAGGCCCUCCGGUUCCCAGGCGAGCGAGGGGAGAGAAGGCUGGCAGGAUGCAUCAGAUUUAUAGCUGCAGCGACGAAAACAUAGAAGUGUUCACCACUGUGAUUCCUUCCAAGGUGUCCAGUCCAGCCAGAAGAAGAGUCAAAAGCUCUCAACACCUCUUGACCAAGAAUGUGGUGAUUGAGUCGGACCUGUACGCUUCCCGGCCCCUGGAGCUGCUGCCACGCCGCAGUGACCACCGAGACUGCGAGGGCCCCAGGUUCAGCCGGCUCCACAGCUCAUGGCAGCAGGGACCCCACCCGGCCAAGACUCCUGCCAGACCGGUGGGGCCUGCUGAGCCCAAAUCAUCCAAUCUGCGUGGGAGUCGGCCCUACGGAAAGGCUUUGAUGCCUCCAGUGGCCCGGAUCUCAGUGAAGGCCCCCACAGCUGUCCUGGAGGCGGCCGCUCCCAGCGGCUCUGACAACAGAGCUGUUCGGACAAGAGGAUCCAGGCAUCUCAAGAAGAUGACUGAAGAGUACCCAACCCUUCCCCAGGGAGCAGAAGCCUCCCUGCCGCUGACAGGAAGUGUGUCCUGCGGCAUCCCCAGCAUCCUCCGGAAAAUGUGGGUGAGGCAUAAGAAGAAGGCUGAGUACGUGGGAGCGACCAACAGCGCCUUUGAGGCCGACUAAAGGCGACCUUCACACAUGCAAAACAAAGGUCACUGCACGGAGGGAGAACGCUGGAUUGGAAUGGAGCCUCAUGAACACAUUUACCUCUGCAAGUACCUGGUACAAACACAUCCCAUCACCCUCCCUCACUACCCAAUCCCCCAGCCUAGGAUGCACAAAAGGAACUUCCCUCGAAGGUAAAAAAAAAACACAAGGGCCGUUCCUUCUUAGAAUAGCUUAAGCCCCUGGUCUUACAGUGACUUUGGAAGAUCAUAAGCUUAUAUCUCCAUGUUUAAGCAAAACCACACCAAAAUAAAAUUGUCCCAACCCAUUUUAAAGACCUCCAAGGAAGGAAGCAGGUGAUUCUUCUGUCUUCCUUGUGAGUCAUUCUAAUACAUGUGAUUUCUGUGUAAACGUAAGAGCUUGGUGUUUGCGGCACCUGUAAACAUGAUGGUUCUUACUCUUCCUGGCGUCACAUUUAUUUCCUCUUGACGAGGAAGGCUUUUCCAUCACAGAUCACUAUAUAUUUACUUCGUAGGGCAAACACCCGAUCCAGAGUAUCAUCAACGUGGGUUUUGAGGAACAUUUGGCAUGAUUGCAUGAAUUCUCUGUUCUUUUAUGUGCAGUUUUUCAAUAGAAAAAAAAAACAAUUAAAAGUCAAAUGUUGAGUGCUGAUGUUUCCUGAAAUGGCAUAGUCUGGUGGAAUUAACAAUACCUUGCUUUGGUAGAAUGAUUUCAGCAGGUGAUUUAAACUGACCCCAUCAAUCAGAGAGUAUCCUAAGACUAUUUAUGUUAACGUAUUUACUUUACAGCUGAUGUCCUCUAUUUGUAUGUGGCAGCUGGAGAUGCCUGUAGGAUGGAAGUAACUUAUUUAUUUUUACUUUAAAUAUUUCAUGGUGAAGUGUUUACCAUGUACAGAACAUUUUUAUUGGCCAAUUCAAAUAAAAAUAAAACGUGC